CAAAAAAUGGAGCAGUGACAAUGAUUCAUCAGAAAUCAUCAACAGACGACGAAUUCAUGGAAGAAGUUGAUGCAUAAGGAGUGGUUUUCAAUCCAGCCAGUUAAGUUAUCUUCCGUUGUUGCAUCAGUCAAUGAAACAAUAGAAGAGGUGUACAGUAUGGCACUUGAUCAACCUUGCAUGCCAGGUAGUGCCUUGUUUCUUUCUUUCUAUGUUGUAGCAUGCUUUUUGUUGUGCUUUUUGUGUGACAAAUUGUGUUGUUGAAACUGGAGUUUAGAGUCAGGUUGUAGAUAUUAAUUUACUUUUCCAGCACAACACAGUUCUUGCAAAGUUUUAGAUUCAAUCCUUGUAUCAAGUUCAGUUAUAGCCUUGCUGUUUGAAGUAAAACAUAAAACAUAAUGGCUAACUGUUACUGGUUUGCCAAGUCUGAAUUACGUGCAACUGUAAGUGAGUUACUGUGAUACAAAAAGGAAUAGUCAACUGCAAUGCUUUUUAUAUCAUGCAACAAAGCAAUGAUGUUUGUUCCUUAUGUCGCAAGAUAUUGAAAUUGCUACACCUUUUAAUUAGUAUUCACAUAUGUGAACUGCACAUCAUUCCUUUCGGGUAUACAGUUCAGCCGAGCAAAGGCGCAGAAAAGUAUAUUCUUCCAGUUAAUUUCAUAUACUCCAUCUGUUCACAAAUUUAAGACGUUUCAGAUAUUUUUGUUUGGACUACAUACGGACUGAAAUGAGUGAACAAACACAUUAAAACGUUUCUAUAUACAUCCGAUUCACAAAAAAGGUUAAACAUCUUAUAUUUUUUAACAGAGGGAAUAUGUUUUAACGAUUUUAUAUUAUGUUUUUCCUUGCUAGGAUGCAGAGGAUCUCCAGCUCAUGGUCAGUACUCCCUCCGUCCGGAAUUACUUGUUGCGGAAAUGGAUAAAGAUGGAUGUAUCUAGAACUGAAAUACGCCUAGAUACAACCAUUUCUCCGACAAGUAAGGACGGAGGGAGUAGUAUGUUAUAACCACAAUUUUUUAUGUUUCAGUCCAAGAAGCCCAAGGCACCGAUGAAUAUUCGGAGCAAGAAUGUUUCUGAUGCAGCUAGGAGCCGGAGGAGGUAGCAGAAUGUUGGCUGUCAGGGUAACAAAUGUGUGAGGCAUCAAACAUGCAGCUUCAGCAAUGCAGUCAGUGUUGUGUUUUUUGCGGCGUUCCAAGCGGGCUCCCGUGCGAUGAUUUUUCUCGGCGAUUUGUUGCACUGUUGUGUUUGCAAUGCUGCAACAUGCUUCUGACAUAAACGUGAGGAAAAGAAGAUGCGAUCAUGUUGCAAACGUAUGGAAAAAAAGAUUAUUUUAAGAGGAUUUCCUGCCGCGAUGAUCAGACGGUUCUGGAUGGUGAUCUCGUGUCGGAUCCAGUGGCUGCUGACGCCUAGCACUAGCCUUUGAAAAUCCGAGUAGCUCGUGACCUGCAGCGCGCCACGUCUGCGGUUUCUUCCUCGAGCAUUUCAUUCCACUGCCUUGUCGGCGGGGCCCACGUCACCGCCCGCACGAUGCCUCCCCUCCUCCUCCGCUCCCCCGCGCCGCCGUCCGCUGGUGUCUUCUGCCGGCGGCGGAAAAGAAUGCGUGCGCGUGCAUCGUGGCAGGAGCUGGCGGGCGUGCUGGUGUUCUCCGCCGUCCCCUUCACCGCCGUCAAGGCCAUCGCCAACAGCCCCCUCGGCGCCAGCCUCCGGCGCCGCCUCGAGUCCAGGAAGGCCUCCGCCGCCGCUGAGGCAGACGCCCUCCGCACCGCCGCCCGCGAGGCCCGCAGCUCCAGCUUUUGGUACGGAGGAGCUCGGCCGAGGUGGCUCGGUCCCCUCCGGUACGACUACCCGGAGCACCUGGCCGGAGAGUACCCGGGCGAUUACGGGUUCGAUAUAGCAGGUCUGGGCCGGGACCCCGUUGCUUUCGCCAACUACUUUAACUUUGAGAUCUUACAUUGUCGAUGGGCCAUGCUUGCUGCUCUUGGUGUUGUUGUUCCUGAGCUGUUAGAUCUAUUUGGGAUAGUGCAUUUUGUUGAGCCUGUCUGGUGGAAGGUUGGUUAUGCCAAACUUCAGGGUGAUACUCUUGAUUACCUUGGGAUUCCUGGGUUCCGAAUUGCUGGUGGUCAAGGCAUCAUCGUCAUCGCUAUCUGUCAGGCCCUUCUGAUGGUUGGGCCAGAAUAUGCGAGAUACUGUGGGAUCGAGGCGCUAGAACCCUUGGGAAUAUAUCUUCCUGGGGACAUAAACUACCCAGGUGGAGCACUGUUCGAUCCCUUGGGGCUGUCCAAAGACCCUGUUGCGUUUGAAGAACUCAAGGUGAAGGAGAUCAAGAAUGGUCGUCUCGCAAUGGUUGCAUGGAUCGGAUUCUACGCCCAGGCUGCUGUAACCGGCAAGGGCCCUGUGCAGAACCUCAUCGAGCACUUGUCGGAUCCACUCCGCAACAACGUUUUAUCCCCCUUUCUUUGAGGCAUUCUAACUGCUUAUGUACAGCGUUUACAUUGAUCAGUUUGUUGUUACAAGGAAAUUAAUAUAGUUUUAGCAAAUAGGUUACUGCGUACACAUGGCUAUAAGAUUGUUGUACAGUUGUGGAGUUAUGGUGUUGUUCAGCAGAAAUUGUGGGUGCCCCAAAAUUACUGAAAAUGGGAUUACAUUGAUCA